AUGUCCAUUCCGUUGGAAAAUCUACGGACGGCAUAUGCAGAGCUGUGUCAGACAGUGACCACGGCAAUUCAGACACAGUCAGGAAAUGUUGCUGCUCUGGAUUGCUGCAAACAGUUGUGUCUCCGAUUUCUAGGAGAAAUACAACAAGUGUCUACAGCAUUGGAUGUGGAGACUCGAGUCUCAAUUCAAACGAGUAUCGAUCUAAUGAUCAGCACACUUGAAGACGCUGCCUUAACAUCCAACGACGUACCAGAUAUUGCACCCCAGUCACUUGGAACCCGCAGUAGUGGUGGUCGACGGGGAAGGCCAGCAGUUGAGAUUGACCGAGAAGUUUUGGCGACCAUCUCUUCUGGUAGACGAACUCGACAAGAAGUGGCGGACAUGUUCCAUUGUAGUGCUCGCACAAUCCGCCGGUUGCUGGUCUCGUAUGGGCUCUCUGAGCCUGGCCCACCAGUAUACUCCGAUGUUGUGGAUCUUGACGGUACCAUCAGACGUGUUUACAGUGCAGGGAAGAGUAGUGAUCUUUCCCAGCUUACUGAUGAAGAACUCGAUGGAAUCAUGCUGCAAAUCUACAACCAAUUCCCAACCUUUGGACGGCGCAUGAUUGAUGGCUACUUGAUGCAACUUGGCAAACGUGUACCUCGUCAAAGAAUUUUGGACUCCUACAACAGAGUUAUUGGUCCUCCACAAGGUGUCUUUGCUCCACAACGACUUCACCGAAGAGCAUAUUCAGUGCCAGGACCCAACUCGCUCUGGCAUCAUGAUGGCCAGCACGGUGAGAAAUGCCAGAUGAUCAGCACAUCAUAUUUGAUUGAGUACAAUAUGGCAGGUCUCAUUCAGUGGAAAUUCGUCAUUCAUGGAUUUGUUGACGGUUUCUCUCGCUUUGUGGUUGGCAUCCGAGUUCACACAAAUAAUGAAGCCUCAAGUGUGGCGGAUUUGUUUGAAGAUAUUGUUGAGACAUUUGGAUACCCAAGUCGUGUCCGUGGUGAUCAUGGUUUGGAGAAUUUAUUUGUGGCGGCAAUAAUGGAGGAGGUGAGAGGCUUGGGAAGAGGUUCAUAUAUAUGGGGAAAAAGUGUCCACAACAUACGCAUCGAGCGUUUGUGGGUGGAUGUCACUCGUGGAUUUGGAAAGAAAUGGAAGGACUUUUUCCAUCAUCUUGAAAUCCACGAUGGACUUGACCACAACAAUAACGCUCACAUUUGGCUUCUACAUUACUUAUUCCUCUCGGCACUCAACCAUGAUGCUGCUAUGUGGGCAGAAGCAUGGAACAAUCACAGCUUAUCACUUCGAGGACAACCGAAUCGCACGCCAAGGGAGUUGUACACAGAGGGAAUGCUUACACGAGGAGUGCGUGGCUUGGUACCAGCAAGCUCAGGCGAGGUGGGGCCUCUAGAUCAGGAGGAAGAAGAGGUGGUUUCAACAGAUGAAGAAUAUGCAGCCUAUGGUGUUGACUGGGAUGACAUCUCGAACGAACGACUUCGUGAACAUCACAACACCCACAAUUCUGACCACCAUGGAACAUCAAACCCAUUUGUCUCUGAUCUACCAGAUCAUAUGCCUCACGUCAAAGUGACCGAUGCAAGAUGCCCAUUUUCUGAAGAUCAACUUGAAGCACUGAACACCUUUGUUCAAAACUUGCCAAUGAUCAAUGUUGCUGACAUGAACUCCAGGAGGCUCGUUUGGAUUACCACACUCGAGUGGGCUGAGUCCCUCAAUUUCAGUGAGGCUCAUGAUUAG